CCCAAAAGGGGCGUUGAAGGCGGCUUAAGCGUAUUGCUUCGGAUGGCUCCGAUGCCUUGAGCUCAUGGAAGAGAACCCCUUUGGCAUGCGCUGGCCUGGCGAGGAGCGGCCGUCGCCACUCAGCCCCGCACUGUCGCCGGCGGCUUCGCCGGCGCCCAAAGCGGCGGUUCCCUUCGCGGUGCCUGCGGAGGAUGUGCUCAAAGAUCGGCGACAGAGCAAGCAGCGCGAGCUGGUGCAGCUGCAAGCGCAGCUUCAGCGGCUGAAGGACGGCGGCAUCGAUCGCCUCGCGGACUUGCGGCACUUUGUGGAGAGCGCGGAGCAGCUGAAAGCGGAGCUGCUACUGCCAGAUGCCCAACUAGACGCGCUCGGCUGGCCACGCAAAGACGUGGCGGAGCUGCAGGACGCUUUGAGACGCCUGGACCGCUGGGAUGAGCUGCUGCUCGAGGUACGGCAGCGGCUGCCCGCAGCCAGCGCUUUGGGGGGCCCAGCACUCUUGAAGCAGUUGGCGGAGGCCUGGGGGCAGCUGCCGAGCAGCAGCUGCUCCGAGCUGAGGGCCCGUGCCGCCAGCGGCGCCGGGUUGGUCUGCGCCUGGGCAGACCGCCUCAAAGAGGACGCGGAGGCCAACCCCGGGCUGCGGCAAAGCCUCGCAGCCGUCCUGUGCGACGCCCGGCUCCGGCCCAGCCUCCAAGCCCUUGGCGUGGACGUACCCGCCGGCUACGCGGCGGCGCCGGCGGAGCGCCCGGAGCGCCCGGCGCCGGGCGCUCCGGCGCGAGGAAGCGAGCUCCGAACGCCGCCGGAAGGGAAAGUGCCCAACGUCAAGGUUUCGGCCGAGGAUCCCUUCUUCAUUUGCUUGGCCAAGGGCGACGCUGCAGGUGCUGAGGCAGCCGUGGAGAAGCUGCGCGGUGCCCGGGCGCUGCCGCCCAAAAGCAGCGCCUUCUCAGCCGCUCUGGCGCAUGGCCUACCCGGGGUUGCCUGGCGUGUAUGGCAACGCUUUCCACCAGAACAUCCUUCAGGUGUUGAAGUAUCUGAGUGCGAUGCUUCCGGAGACUCGCUUCUGCACAGCAUCUGCCGGAGCAAGAAGUUCGACCGCAAAGCCUUCGAGCUUUUCUCCCAGCUGCUGCGCGCAGUGCCCGCAGAGCUGCGGUGUCACCGCAACGGAAGUGGUCAGAGCUUCCUCCACGUGGCGGCCGCCAGGCUGAACACCCAGAUCCUGGCCGCGUCCCUCACGGACUUUCCGGCGCUGGCCCCACUCUUUGCUCAGCAAGAUUCCGCUGGCGCGUCGCCUAUGUCAAUCUUGGCCAAGCAUCUGGCUGCCCGGGGCCGGCCACAGCCCCCGUGCACGGAGCAGAACAAGGCCUUCGAAGCGCAUACGCCCAGCGGCGCGGAGGUGGAGGUGGAAGUUGAGGACGAAGUCUCUGGCAAGGUGUGUCUUAGGUUCAAGGAGUCGGUGCUACGCCUCUCUCAGCGCUGCAGCGAGGAGAUGAGGACGCAGUCGGCCAAAGUGAAGGUUGACCCCGGUGUUUGCCGAAGUGCCCGGGCAGUCAGCGAAGCCUUGAAUUUUCUUACCGGACAGCCCCUCACGCUCUCGGAGAGCCGCGAGCUCUGGCAGCUUCUCAGCUUCUCCGUGAGGUACCGACUCCCUCGGGAGCUGCGGCAGCACGCCAGCGCGGCGUUGCUUGACCGCUUGAAGGACAAGGAGAGCGCGGCAGUACUGCCCAUGUUGGUCCGCGGCGGCCAGGCCGCCGGCCUCACGGCGCCGGAGCGGCGCUACGUGCUGUACUGCAUGCUCACCUCCCCGGAGGCGUUGGCCUCUGCUGGUCAUUCAGAGGGGGGUCUUCAGAGGCAAUCCAAGGUGCUUCUGGCCGCGCUGGCCGAGCUAAGCAGCAAGCCGGCACCAGGCGCAGGCGGCGCCGGCGGCGCCUCAGGCGGCGCAGGUGUUUCUAGUGGACGAGCUAUGGACGUGCCGUUGAACGGGAUGAAGCUGAGGUCAGAGUAUGAGCGAGCUCACAAUUCCCCGGAUCUUUGCCCUGUCUUCGAUUGAG